GGCUCUGUCGUUUGUUGAUGACGUAAAGGCAAUGGCCGCUCUCACUGUGUAAUGCAGAGUUUAUGAUUCUCUCCGAAUCAUCCAUAAUGGACACUCCUGAGAGCCCCACCCAGUCCCCGCAGUCCCCUGAGGAAGAGGAGAAAGGCUACUCGGAUAGCGAGCUCCUGAAUGAGGAAGAGCAGGAGGGAGAGGAAGAGGACGAGAUGGGCGGGGCCUCCGAGCUGGAUGAAGAGGACGAGGAAGAUGGCGGGGAUCUGGACCAGGAGGAGGGAUCACACCUGAACAUCUCUGACCAGGAGGAGGAGGAGGAGAGAGGGGAGCUGAAUGGCGAGGGGGACCCCUAUGAGCAGGAGGAGCAGGCGGGGGAGAGGGAAGCGAGUGAGUUCCUGGAGGAAGAGGAGGCUGGGGAUAGGAUCAGCCAGGGCCCCAAGUCUCCUGACUCCGAGCCUGAACAGGAGAAGCUGCUCCUCGGAACUGAGGAAGAGGACGAUGACGAUGCCGGGACGAAGACAGCGCUAGCAGCAGUCACAGGCGGGGAAGAAGAGGAGGAAGAGGAGGAGGAGAUGGUUGUCCAGAGAAGGGUGGUGAGCGAGCUGAAGGACGAGUCGCCGUCCGUCUCCAGAGAGCUGGAUGAGCACGAGCUGGACUAUGACGAGGAGGUGCCGGAGGAGGCCAGCGGGCCUGCCCCUGAGUACGAGGAGGCAGGGAGGGGACCUGGCGACGAGGGGGAGGAGGAUGAUGAGGAAGAGGAGGACAAGGGGAAGAAGAGCGCGGUCUCACCCCCUCAGGGGUCCCAGCCCAAGAAACCAGAGGAGCCCCGGCCCCCAGAGAGAGGCCGACGGGAAUCAUUCCGUGACAAGAAGAAAGAUGAGGAUGAUGGAGAGAUUGAUGAGGGCGAGAUUGAUGAUGAUGACCUGGAGGAAGGAGAGGUUAAGGAUCCCAUGGACAGGAAGAUUCGUCCCCGUCCCAUCUGCAGGUUCUUCAUGAAAGGUAACUGCACCUGGGGAAUGAACUGCAGGUUUAUCCACCCGGGUGUGAACGACAAGGGAAAUUACUCCCUCAUCAGCAAGCCCGACCCCUUCUCCCCAAAUGGCGGGGCACCUGGAGGCCCCCACCCCCUCAUGCCCUCCAACCCAUGGGGGGGACCAGCUGUGGAGGAGCUGCCCCCACCGCCCCCACCAGUGGAGCCCCCAGUGGAGAGCGCCUGGGAGAGGGGUCUCCGACAUGCCAAAGAGGUGCUGAAGAAAGCCACCAUACGCAAAGAGCAAGAACCCGACUUUGAGGAGAAACGGUUCAACGUGACCAUCGGAGAGGACGAGCGUGAGUUUGACAAGGAGAACGACUUCUUCAGGGAACGUAACUACCGCAUCACUCGAGAGAUCAGAGACCCGGGUAAUGACCCCUACACAGACUCCUACUACGACUAUGAGAUGGAGGCCUUCUGGAGAGGAGGACAGUAUGAGAACUUCAGAGUGCAGUACACAGAGACCCCGCUGCCCUAUCACUACAACGAGCGCGAGCGGGAGCGUGACAGGCAGAGGGAGCGCGACCGGGAGCGGGAGAGGGAGCAGAGGGAGAGGGAGCGGCGUCAGCGCGAGCGAGAGAGGGAGAGGGAGAGGGAGCGCGAGAGGGAGCGGCAGAGGCGGAAGGAGGAGUGGGAGAGGGACCGCAUGAAGAGGGAGGAGAAGGAAAGGCCCCGGGAGCGCCCCCCACGGGAGCCCCGCGAGAAGAAGGAGGAGAAGGACAAACCCAAGCCCAGGUCCCCCGCCGCCCCACCCCCCAGGCCAAUGGAGCCCCCUCCCCAGAAGGAGCUGGGCUCGCUGCUCAAGCGUCCAGAUGAGUGGCGGGACCCCUGGCGCCGGUCCAAGUCCCCCAGGAGACGUGCGGGUAUGACGGGGUCCCCCCCACGCGGGCGCAGGCGACACCGCCCCUCGGGGUCCUCAGUCUCUCUCUCCAACUCCUCCAGGUCUUCUUCCCGCUCGUCGUCGUACUCGGGCUCAGGUUCGUCUCAGUCUCGGUCUCGCUCCUCCUCCUUCAGCUCCUACUCCAGCCACUCUUCUCAUCACAGCUCUCUCAGUGGCAGCCGCUCCAGGUCCAGGUCUUUCUCCUCAUCCCGUUCUCCCUCCCCCACCCCCCUCUCUCAGAGGAACUCCUCCAAGACUAAAGCAGAGCCACCACCUGCUCCAGCCAAAGGCCUCCCACUGAAACCCACAGUGAUGCCCCCCCGCCGGGAGAAGGCCCCCACAAAGGCUCCGCCCACCCCUCCGCCCCCGGGGCAGCCGGGGAAACUGCUGAAACCUGCCACCGAGGGGGGCAAGCCUGCCAACCCUCGAGAGGGAGCCAAAUUUGUCAACCCCAGGGAGGGGCGCAGGAAGGAGCGUCAGCAUCACAACCCCCCCAGGAGGCGGACGGUCAGCGGCAGUGUGAGCGGCAGCGCCAGCAGCUACACGGGCUCCAGCUCGCGGUCGCGGUCGCGCUCUCCCUCCGGCUCCCGCACGCGCUCCUCGUCCGCCUCCAUCUCCCGCUCCGGCUCCAGGAAGUCCAGGAAAUCCAGGUCUCUGAGCGUGAGCAGUGUGUCCUCGGUCUCUUCGGCCUCCUCCAGCAGCAGUUCCAGGCGGAGCGCCGACUCGGACGACAUGUACGCUGACCUGGCCAGCCCAGUGUCCUCGGCAAGCUCCCGCUCGCCCACGCCCGCGCACUCCCGCAAGGACAAGGGCCCGCCCCGCGAGAGGGGACCCAACAAGGACAAAGGAAAGCCAGCGAAAAAAGAAGAACCCUUCAAAGAGGACCGGAGGAAACAGGACCCCUUGGCCCCACCCCCCAAAAUCUCCACCUCCGCUUCACAGAGGUCUGGGCCCGGCACAAAGGGCCACCCCCUGCACACGCCUCCCAUGGGCCCCCCUGGGGGGUACGGCUCGCACAAGGACAUCAAACUAACUCUGCUCAACAAGCAGGCGGACCGGGGAAACAGGAAGAGAUACCUGCCCUCCGACAAGGAACGGCCCACGUCCCCUCCCAGCAAGAGGGCAGCGCUGUCACCGGAGAGGGGUCGGGACAGGAGGAUGCUGAGACCCCCCCUCUCCCCCAGACUGGACCGCCCCCGAGGCCCUGGGCCCCGACCCAUGCCCCUGCAAGCAGAGAGGAAGAGACCUCUGUCUCCCCCGCCGAAGUCCUCCGGGAAGGGGCCAGGAAUGUCAUCAGGAAAGCCCCCGGGGGCGGGGCCGGGUGCGGCCGGGCCCACCCCGCCUAAGUCGGGCAAGCCGAGCAGCACACUGUCGCGGCGCGAGGAGCUGCUGAAGCAGCUGAAGGCGGUGGAGGACGCCAUCGCCCGCAAGAGGGCGAAGAUCCCCGGGAAAUAACGGCACGGGCCGCCGAGACACCGCCGUGACACCGCCGUGACACCGCCGCGCGUUUGCCCUCAGAGAGAGGCCGUCAGAUUUUUAUAUUUGAAAUGAAAUAGAAAAAAAGUGGUAGAAGGGGGGGGCCGUCACUGUUUCUCCCUGUUGGACAGAGGGGAUCACCCCACCCCCAAAGUGUCUCAUCGAAACAGGAAACCUGUGAUUCAUUUUCUCCCCUCGUUCCCUCCCCUUGUCUCUGUCUUUCUCUCGUUCACUUUGUUUGGAUGCUUCUGAUUUUUUUUGCUGUCUCAGACAGGACCCCAGGCUCUUCCACACUUAGGUCUGUGGUUCUGCUGCUUCCAGAAUCUGGUUAAAACAAAAUAAAAAAAGAAACGACACAGGUUUCAAGAUUUGGUGUGGAGAACAGACUCUGAAAACAUGUCACGUGACCUUUUUCUGGACCCAUCAUUCAAGAAGGUCUCUUUACCAGUGAACUUCAUUCUCUUAGUUCCUUUGUUUAGUGUUUUUCGACUGUGUUCGAUUUCUUAAAGUGUACAAUUAUAGCGAACACAUGAGAAACUGCAAUUUCUUCAAGUGUAAAACUAUAGCAAACAACUUACUGUGAUGUGAAGUAUGCCUUUUUUAAUCUGCAGCAUUUUCCCCCGGCUCUUCCUACGUUAAAAAAAAAGAAAAAUCUGUCUAUUUUAUUUGUCCCACAGUUUUAGUUGACCCAGUGUGGUUGUAUUUGAGAUAUCUUCAGAAAAGGGGAAUUGUGUCUUGCUUUUGUGGCAGGAAAAGCAACUGAAUAAACUAUUUUGAUAAAGAGAGAGAUGCUUUUCUUUCUUUUU